CGUCUGGGCCGUGCUUGCAAGUGGCACGGACGCUGCAACGUGUAUAGGGCAGAGCCGCCGACGCGCCGUGUCCUGCCGCGUCGGCUGGAAGAUAGCAGCUGGCCGGCAGUAUCGCAAAACACAAGGUGACGUGCGAGACCCAUGUCGCAGAAAUCCUUGCCACUAUACCAUAUGGUUCCGGCUCAGUCGUGCGGCGCGUUUGAAAUUGUUCGUACAUAGCGCGACGCAUUGCCGCCCUAUAAACCGGACUAAUGCUAAUUUGUGUCAUAAAUAAAUCCUCUAUAUCCCAGUAAGUCGCGCUAAAGAAAUGUCUGACGUCAACGAGUGAGUCCUUGUCGUUGGAUUACCAGAACGGCGUGCUGCAAGGCAAGGUAGGUGCCAGCUGCGCUACAGAGUGGUCACUGAGCUACUGCGGGGACGACGAAGAAGGCGACGAAAACAGGCAUGUCGGGUUUUGUGUAUUCGGACUGGUGCGAAGUCUACCUCUGCAGUGCGCCACUUCAGCAGGGGAACUCCAUGAAUGGCGCUGUCAACGCCCUCUCGCUGUUUGCCUCUUCAUCGCGGUCGGUGUGCGGAAACACGUGGGAGAAGCACUGGAUGCUGGUGUUUGACUACGGCGAAGAGGAGGUGCUCAUCUGCGACGCCGACAUGGACCAUUUGGGAGAGCUCACGGGACGGACCUCGUGGAAGAAGAGGGCCGUGCUACAAAACUACGAACACAAGAAGUACCUUGCAAAGCGGCGUAUUCCAAGAGCACGCAUAGAGCAGUACAUGAGGAAGAUGUGCGACUACGGCCCAUACCAUCUCACGGACAACAACUGCCAGAAGUGGGCCCAAGACCUUCUGCGCGAACUGGAUAUCGAGUUUCCCGCUGACGAGCUCGACGCCCGCACCGUAGUCAACAACUACAUACAACCAGCGGCCAUUGCAGGUGUCGUGGUCUUGGGCGCCGGCCUGUUCGGUGCACUCAUCUUCGGUGGUAGUGCACGUAGGAACAGACGGGAGUAGGCGGAACACCGCACAACGUCAAUGAUCUUUAAAAGAGGUGUAUCAGGAGUUUGACGUCUCAAAUUUUCGAUCGCACGCUCUUGUGUGAAUGUUGCAGCUUGUUCGUGAGAGACCGCUCCAUAACGACGCGGCGACUUGGAUGCCAACUUGUCUGCCUCAAAGAUUGGAGUGUGCUGCACGUCGAAAUUUCUCUAGUCACCUGAGACUAUGACCUAUCCUGAAAUAUGUACCUAUGUGCCGGUGUGCCUUCUUUCGUCGCCUAAAGUCACAGAACUUCUAUUUAGAAACUCCUACUCAACUCUCCGUGCUGCCUGCCUCGUAUCAGAACGGCGUUAACAGGUUUCUUGAGGUAUUGCGUCAUGAUGUCCGCAGCACCUGAAGCGAAUAAAAUACCUGUUUAGAACACCCACACGCACGUUAUAGUGUGCCGUUAUUGCGAUUAGUGAAUAUCGCACUCCACUCAUAGGCAGAGCUUCGUGGAUUUGCAGGUUUUCCUUUCAGACUCAUUUAGUCUGUAGAAGUUUGGUGAGCAUUACUGUUGAUAAAUAAAUGUGAAUGCUACAUUCAGGUGGAAUAAAUACUUUUCGUACCUCGUGCAAUAUUUUGCGAGCGUUAAGUCACGUUUGCUCAACAUGCACGAGGGCGAAUCAAAGUAUUUGCCCCUAUUUUUUUAGCCAGAUUACGACGUAAAUGCGGAGUCAACAUAUCCCCAUCCCCAGCGGUAGGACAUUUCUUGGACCGGCCUGGCCUUAUCUGCCGGAAGCUGCCGGCAUGGCGCUGCUGUCAGUUGUUGAAGAUAGCGGUUGUGCUUCACACGUCCUAGGCGUACGAGUAACGAAGUAUGAUUCGUUUUCUACGGAGCAAGGGACAAACGCCCAUAGAAAUCCAUGGGGAAAUACAACCUACGUAUGGGGAAAGGUGGCUCGCUUUGAGAAGCGUCAGGUGGUGGUGUUGUGAGUUCAGCGAUUGGACAAAUGUCUGAACCGGUGUGGGGACUAGGUGGGAAAAUAGUCUAGAGUACAUAAAAUAGUACGUAUAAUGCCUGUGUACCUGCGUGUACUGUUACCUGUGUGUACCUUAUUUUGGCUAAUAAAAAAUAGAGGAAAAGGC